GACGUACUAGUUACAGUCAUGCUUAACCGGCAGCGUCAGAUCCGCAUGGGCCCAUGCGCACUCCCGUGUGUGUAUGUAUGAUUGUGUGUAUGCACCCACGUAUGUACACCGUUCCGGCAUAUUCACUUGGUAAUUUGAAGACGGCACCCGAAAAAUGUCACUAGUUGUUAUAUGCCGUGUGCAACAACUGCGGCUCCGAUUACCUGCAGGGCGCUGCUUAUUCAGGCUGUUCCAUCGGUUUUCCGCAAUUUUUCAUUUUGGCGUUCUCUAAUGCGUUUUCAUACAGGCACGUAAUGUAGUGGUCAGUUUGUAUUAGUGCUCACGUGAGUCUGUCCAUUUGUACGUUUCUCUUCGGUAGUUAACAGAAACCCUGUCAGAAUUAGUGGAUUUCGAUAAAAAUUGGUUUACGACGCUGGGUUAUAAAAUAUUGCACCGUUAGUUGUCCUCGGUAAUAUGCAUCACGGGCUGUAAAUCCGGUCACGCCGGCGUCUAACCGGCAGCGUAUACAGCGGGUUUUUUUUUUGCCCGGGUGCGUUUUUUAUUUGCGCUAUUACUUAUCCCCAUCAAAUCACUUUAUGCCGUUUUGAUUGCCCCGGACAAACAGCGCGUUUAUGGGCGCGCAGCUACCGUGUGCUCCCGUUCCGCGCUCUCCCACCGUCGCCCUAAUUGAAUCUGUAUUGGAUGGCCGUUAAUUGUGUAACAGUUACUUCUUGUCUGCGCGCCUUGUAUUAACCGGUCCGUGUCGGUGUGUGUAUGUGUAUAUGGCGCGCACUACCGUAACUCGAUGGGGAUGAUGAGUGUAUGUGUGUACUUUGCGGUUUUGAGUCAAGUAUCGAUCGAUCGAUGAAGGUUGGCCACGGAGUGUAAAGAUAGAGAUAUAUAUGCGCCAUCAAUUGACAAACCGGGCCGCGCAUACAUAAAGGAUAUCCUGCCAAGUGAGCGCCGCUCUCAACCGGGGAAGCCAUAUCAACAACACACGGGACGGGAGAGAGAGAGAGGCAGCGGAAGAGCGAGAGAGACAGGGUCCCGGCUGGAUGCAUAAUUUAACAAGCAGCGUGUAAUCCCCGCGUUAUUAUCGGUUGAGGAUGAGCGCUAAUGAGGCACACGUCGCUGAUCGCCAGCCAUCCACCUCGGCCUUCAGUACACCGGUGCCGGUAGCGAGCGAAGCGCUGCCCGUCGUCCGUCCCGCAGCGGGGAAAUCGGAGAACAAACCGGCGGUGCGGAAAGCCAAACGGAAUGAGACUAAAGUGGAGGAUAAGGUGAAUAGGAAGAUCAGUGUGCAGAAGAAACGCUUCCGGCUGGCGUAUGCGUCGCGUAAUACCGUGCAGGCGGGCGGGCAUCAUCCCAUGGAGACCGGGAUCAUCUGUAAGACACCGAACAGGUGCCAGCAGAAGAUGCGCUUACUGCGGAAGACACUGCGGCGAACGGCCUGGAACUGCGUCAUCGCUGCCGGACUGGAAAGUGCAGCCUGUUUCCAUCUUAAGGACCUGCGAAACCGUUCCCAACCAAAACUGGAACGCACUCCGUCCAACGAGCCCAGUGUAGAGCCUUCAGACUGGUCAUCACAGAUGCACUGUAUUUUCUGCGAGAAUUCCCCAAAUGUACCACCGGCCACCAAAUCCACCCCAAUUUCCACUUUACUGGAAAUGCCACGGAAACCGGUAAUGGAGCUGCCGUCUCUCAACGACAACCUGGACUGGCUGCGCUCCUUACAACUGCAGCUGCCCAGCUUAAACCUGGGCAUCAAUAUGGACAGUGGACAUAUCAGCCCGUUUACCGUACCGUCCACGCCCAACAGUGCGCUAACGGCGUCCGUCUGGGCCAAGGUUAAUCCGUUUCGCUUCAUGCCGGAAGAGCGGUCCCUCUCGGAAAUGGUUGAACAGAAAGAUGAAGAGACGCCUUUGAUAAAACCAGCAAGCAAGUCCGAAGAGAUUGCUACGAUCCCACCCGUUCCCAAACGAUCCCGCUCCCGUACUCCCGGGCGGUCGGCAGCGCCGCUAUUCCCCAGCGGAACUGCGUGCCGCCAUUGACAAGUGGAACGCGGCAACGUCGGGACGCGUAAAGCGGCGCUUCUCUACGGGAUUCCGCGCUCGACCCUCCGCAACAAAGUGGGCAAAAUUCUCGGCAAGAAACCCGACGAUGCACCGGAUACGCCGCUGGACAUGUCGCCCACCCCGGGCGUCACACCGGUGUCUGGUUUAAUCAGUGUCAAAGAAGAAGCCCCGAAUGCCGUGCCCAAUAAACAGGACAUCACUUUCGCGCUGAAGCGUAUCAUCUCCCAACAUUUAUCCGAGAAAUUCAAGAUUCCGGUGUCGUCGUCACCGAAAACUGCAAAAAGUGCCGAACAUAAACCGAAACGGUUGCGCGGCGGCAUUGACGCGUCUAACCGGCAUAAACGCGGUCGAUAUCGCAAGUAUAAACAGGGAGAUUUGGAGGAAGCGCUGCGAUUGGUCAAACAGGGCGAGAUGACGGUGCACCGUGCGGGACACCUGUUCGGGAUCCCGCACAGCACUUUGGAGUAUAAAAUUAAGGAGCGAAACGGAACACUGUCACAUAUUAACGGCACAAUCCAUCCCGAGCCGGAAAAACCGGUGAAAGUUAAAUCAAAGAAGGUCAAAGCAGAGUCCAAUGGAAAUAGCGAUCUUCUGCCGUCGCCCAGUUUACCUGAUUUCUCGCUGCAUAACGAUCUCGCAGCCGGUUCCCUGUUGAACUUGGAUCCCAAUGCAAAUUUUUUGUUCCCAAAUAAUCCGUUCCUAAUCAAUCCGACUACCAGCGAUAACAACAUCUUCAACCAGUUAUUAGCAUUGCAGAUAUUGCGAAAUACCAUGAUGGGCGUGCCGUCCAUUCCACCGCCGACAUUCCCGUUAUUCGAGAGCAGCGCGGUUUCCUCGGCGCCGUUCCGUCCGUGGACUGAAGGCCAGAACAACGGCGGUCGGUUGGGAGCGAUGCCGAACGGUACCGAGAAGAAGCCGAAAAAAGCCACUAAGAGAAAAAAUUUGGAGGAUUUACCGCUCAAUCUCACCAUGUCAAAGGAGAAGUCGACGCCAAAGAUUGUGGAAUAAUUCCCGGUGUAGGGAUCAUUUUAUAGAUAAGAGUAUUGGUAGAGAGUAGUUUUUAUUGUGGUGAUUUUUUCUGUUAACCGUCCUGUUGAUAUGGCGCAUAUCGAUUUUAUGCUUUUAUUGUGGGCACUUUCGACUUACGGCUGCGUGUGUAUUGAUUGAUCUCGGUUACUCGAUACUAAUGAAUGUCUCAAGU